GGACCAUUUGUUUUUUAGUUUCGUGUGCAACAAAGUACCGAGCUCGGCAGCUAGCGAGAAGGGAAACGCGACCCUUCAGGGACUGUAUACCUUUACUGCGUUUUCAAACUGUCCCACUUGUUUCUCAGCUGUUAUCGCCGUAUUGGAAGUUGGAUAAAACGGGAACUAACACGAACCUCGGACCUUGAUCGGACGCUUUGUGGAAGAGCAAGGUGCUUUUUCGGUUUUUAAUAGCGGCCAGCGUGCUAGCUAGCUGGCGCAGAGAAGAGAACCGGGGCUACGCAGCGAGUAGCGUGAGGUCAACAAGGCAGAGCCGGGAGGACCACGGCACAGCCGCCGCCAUCGCCACGGGGAGUCGGGGCCCGAGAGGGAGCCUGCCAGGCCCUCGGCUUGAUGCACCCUGCCUGCGUCGCCUUAGCCGCAGUCCGAGAUGGGGGAGACCAAAAUUAUCUACCACCUCGACGACCAAGAGACGCCAUAUCUGGUGAAACUAUCGGUGCCGGCGGACAAAGUCACUCUGGCAGACUUCAAAAAUGUCCUCAAGAAACCAAAUUACAAAUUCUUCUUCAAAUCUAUGGACGAUGACUUCGGGGUGGUAAAGGAGGAAAUAUCUGACGACAAUGCAAAACUGCCCUGUUUUAAUGGACGUGUGGUGUCAUGGUUGGUCUCUGGAGACGGGGCCCACACAGAUGCAGGCUCAGUGGCGGACAGUAUAGAGGCGGCUCCGCCUUUGGAGAGGACUGGGGGCAUCGGAGAUUCAAGACCGCCCUCUUAUCAUGGGAUAGCAGCAAGUGGUCGGGACAGUCUGGACAAUGACACGGAGACCGGCUCCAUGGUGUCGCAAAGGAGAGAGAGGGAGAGGCCGCGACGGAAACACACUAACGACCACGGUGGAAGGCAGAACGGCUAUUCGUCACGUUCAAUUGGACGCGGGGGCCCUGAAUACGACAGCUGCUCGUCCUUCAUGAGCAGCGAGCUGGAGUCAACUUCCUGUUUUGAUUCAGAAGAUGAUGACGCAACCAGCAGAUUUAGCAGCUCCACUGAGCAGAGCUCCUCUCGUCUAAUGAGACGACACCGCCGUCGCCGACGGAAACCUAAGGCCUCCAAUAUCGACAGGUCUUCGUCAUUCAGCAGCAUCACAGACUCCACCAUGUCUCUGAACAUCAUCACUGUCACGCUCAACAUGGAGAAGUACAACUUUUUGGGCAUCAGUAUUGUGGGUCAGAGUAAUGAAAGGGGAGAUGGAGGAAUCUACAUUGGCUCUAUCAUGAAGGGAGGAGCUGUGGCUGCAGAUGGACGUAUAGAGCCUGGGGACAUGCUGUUGCAGGUGAACGACAUAAACUUUGAGAACAUGAGCAAUGACGAUGCAGUUCGAGUACUGAGGGACAUAGUGCACAAGCCAGGUACCAUUACACUGACUGUGGCCAAGUGCUGGGACCCAAACCCUCGAAGUUGCUUUGCUCUGCCCAGGAGUGAGCCAAUCCGGCCCAUUGACCCAGCUGCGUGGGUGUCCCACACGGCGGCCAUGACCGGGGUAUACCCUGCUUAUGGCAUGAGCCCUUCUAUGAGCACCGUCACCUCCACCAGCUCCUCCAUCAGCAGCUCUAUCCCUGAGACUGAACGAUUCGAUGACUUUCACCUCUCCAUCCACAGCGACAUGGCAACAGUUGCUAAGGCCAUGGCCUGCCCAGAGUCAGGUCUGGAGGUGCGGGACAGGAUGUGGCUCAAGAUAACCAUCGCAAAUGCCUUCAUUGGUUCUGAUGUGGUGGACUGGCUCUUUCAUCACGUGGAAGGCUUUUCAGAUCGUCGAGAAGCCCGUAAAUAUGCCAGCAACCUGCUGAAGGCCGGCUACAUCCGACACACUGUCAAUAAGAUCACCUUCUCUGAGCAGUGCUACUACGUCUUUGGAGACCUCUGUGGCAAUAUGACCCAUCUGUCUCUCAAUGAACAUGAUGGUUCCAGUGGGGGUGCCUCAGAUCAGGACACUCUCCCCCCUCUGCCUCAUCCUGGGGCAGCCCCCUGGCCCAUGACUCUGCCCUACCAGUUCCCCAUUCUACACCCAUACGACAUGCAACAGCCCUUCCAUGGUGGACCAGGCGCUGGCAGUGCAGGAAGCCAGCACAGCGGAAGCAGUGGCUCUAACUGCAGUAAAAAUGAUGGGCGGAAGUCCGGCGGCAGUGGCAGCGAAACUGAGAUCAGAAGCCACCGAGCUCCAAGUGAGCGCUCGGUGGCUCCCCCUAGUGAACGAAGCAUCCGUAGCUCUGUCAGCCACCGCAGUGCCAACUCUCACUCAAUAGCCUAUGGUUCGGGGCUCGUCUAUGGCCCCCCUGGUCUGCCACCCCAGCCCCCGCUGUCAACAGCUGCACCUGGCGCCCCACCAGGCAGAGAGCUUCCCUCUGUGCCCCCUGAGCUCACUGCCUCGCGCCAGUCUCUGCGCAUGGCGGUGGGCAAUGCCGGAGAGUUCUUUGUUGAUGUGAUGUAACGCAGGUUGUGUAGGCCAAUAACAAAGUAGCAGAUUGGGCUUCAUUGUGUCAUUAUAAAACUGAGAAGGACAGCAUGACGGGACACAGGGGAGGGAAGAUUGCAGAAAUCCAAGGCCUUGAUUCCACUCUCCUAAAAGCAGAAAUGGAACCAACCUGUGGUGUAUGUUGAGAGAAAAUGUUCCUCCUUCUUUGUGCUUUUCUUCCUCGCAGUAGUAGUUGCAAUACUUUCUUCAGUGAAGAAACUCCCUCGCUCAAGAUGGAACCAAAGCCCCUUUCUCAGUUUCCGCUCCUCAGUGGGGAAGAGUUUGUGUAAGGACAAAGAGCAAGAGAGGGAGUGAGGCAGUGUAAACGGACUACUGGGGAAGAUGACGCAGCGCUUUUCUACGGAUGUUUUGCAUUCGUUUUUCUCUUCACUCUUCCCUUCUCUCUACCUCCCUUAUCUUAACAUUCUCUGACCUCCCCCUGCGCUGUUCACAUCCAAACUGAGAGGAAGAAGCCUCUUCCUCCUUCUGUUCUUUCAAUUCUAACUCACUGACCUCUUAACAAGAAAAAAAACAACCUGAAAUGAACACUAACUGUUAACCUUUGCUUGACUUAAGACAGAAAGAAAUGGAAAAAUGUGUAUGUAGUGCACGAGAACCACAGUCCUCCUUACUGUAAGAAUGCGUUUGAUUUAUUAUAUAUGUAGUUGGUCACAACUAGUUUCAUUUUUAAAUGCUAAACAUGAGCAUCCAGCUUCAAGAGUCAUUUUUACACUACAUAACUGCAUUUUCAUAUUAACCAGAGCAUUUUCAGACUCUGUCUUGUGAUAAUGUAUAGUGGGGAAAAAAAUCCAGACCAUGUCUUUCACACUACUCUUUUAUGAAAAAUGUCUUUUUAUUUAUAAAUAUAGUUUUAUGACUUAACUUUG